AUACAUUUUCCGUUUAACAUAACGUAUUCGGCUGAUUUUGGACAAUGAAGGGUCCAUAUUACGGUUUAGCAACAUUGGCUGUAUGGGCCCUUGUUACAGCUUUACUUUUAAGACGAUUCCGCGGCAUCUUUGAUCUCGAACCCGAGGACCAGAAACUAAUGUACUAUUCUGAAUCUGCCUUCUAUUUGUCAUUCUACAAUGAUGUUGUGGAAGCACCGGAUUGGCGUACUGUCUGGAGGAAUCUUAUUUAUGACGAUAGAACUGAGUUUCCAACUACCAUAAUUUCAUUUCGGCGUCUAAAUAUAAUCCAAGAAAUACUGCUUGGAGCCAUAUACCGCUUUUUAAAUAGCAUAUCAACUUCUAUCAAUUCCUUCAACUUUUAUGCUAUAUCAGUUAUGAUCUUGAAUGGCGGUGGAGUUGCUCUAUUAUUUCUUUUAUCCUGCAAAACGGGCAAGUCUAUAUGGUCUGGCGUUUUAUUCUUCGGACUGUAUCUGUCCAAUUUUCAAGAGAAACUGAUAAGUCGAAUUGCCGCCAUUCCCUUGAGAGAGAACUUCGCUCUAACAGGAUUAUGGGCUUCAUUACUUUGUAUUCGGGAACUUCUAGGCAAUCGUAAAGAUGAUAUGAAACAUUUCAGGAGGCUACUGUUUUUGUCUUUUACUUGGAUGUUUUUGACAUGGCAGCUUUCACUACACAUUGUUGGUACCCAGUUGGUGUGCUUGUUUAUACUCAACAUUCUUGGAGCUAUAUCUGACACGAAGAUGUGGAAGAUAACCACCAUGGCAUUAUAUGCGCUUAUUGCAGCGUGGUUCAUCAUGUUAUGUCCUCCUUUCCUCAUUACAUCGCACCUUCUGGUUGGUAUUGUUGCACUUUUAAUUACACUUAUGGCAUUACCUGCUGAGGAAAAUGGUAAAGUCAGUUUUGGAGACACAAUACAAAGGUUAUUACUCGCUUGUUCAAUUUUUUGUCUUGAAGAAGGUCUACUAUCACUUACUGCUCGUCAUGAUGGCCACAUUAGCGAUAUGUUUCUAUCCAAGCUAGGGAUAACCAAGCCAACAUUCGAUUCCCAAAUAUACCUUCUGGGUACAGAAUUCCGCCCGCUAUCUAUAAUGGUUAUUCGGCGCAUAGUGCCAACACGAUUAUUCCAUUACGUCGGAAUUGCUUUUGUAGUGAUGCUGUUUCUUACUUGGAAACGCUAUCGUCCUCUAUCUGGAUUUCGUGGAGAGUUCAAUAGCUACUUUUUGUUACAAGCCAUUGCCUUUUGUUUUAUGGCUAUGUUGGUAUCACGCCUAAGAGUAUUGGCACUUCCAUUAUUGUGCGUUUUUGCAGGGUAUCUCAUGCAAAUAUUCCGUUUAGGACGUUGGAGAUACAGUCGUAUCGCUACAAUUUUGGCUGCAUCGAUUGCUAUAGCACCUUAUUGGAAUACAUUACCGGUUUCUGAAAUACGUGCGCCACCAUUUGGCGAGCUGUAUAACAAUAGAGAGCUUAAGGACCUUAUUACUUGGGUGAACCGUUUUGUGGAGCCUGGUACACCCCUUUUGUCCGAUAUGCCUACAUCAAGCGCUUUAAGAGCAGCCACAAAGAUGCGAACAGUUAUAAACCCACAGUAUGAGCACGUAUCACUCAGACGUAAGACACACUUUUUCUAUACAUUAGGUGACUGCAAUGAUGCCAGAUGGUUCGGUGAGAAGAUGCGUGAAUGGUAUCAUACAGAGAUUGUGGUAGUGCCAACUAAGUUUUGUGCGAUACCGCAUACAGGAGGUCCUUAUGGAGUACAAUUACUUCUAUCUUUAAAUCCGCUGGGUACAUGCCCUCCAAAUACAUCAUAUGCCAGGCGGCUAUGCAAUCGUUUAUGGGCCGGUGAUCCUCAUUUUGAACAACUUUUUAGCAACGAAAGGUAUUUAGUGUUUAGAUAUAAAGGUAUAAUUGCUUCUGACGGAGACAUAUCAUGGAAGGUGAUGCAUCAGCUAGACCAUUACAAACCAUGGAUUCAUAAAUACGCCAUAUUGGAUAAUGAACUAGGACCUAGGCAGAUUGCGUCUACAGCCCAUGCUUUGAAAGCACAUUUCAAUUCACCUGUUGUGUUUCCAUUGUUGUCAUAUGGGCUUAAGGCAUUUGACAACAAUAACCUCAUGUUACGUCUAUACGCCGAAACCAUGGACUUCGACUUGGGUAUGUUUGAAGAUGCGAAAAGGCACUACAACAUAUUAUUCAAGCGCAUGAAAUCACGCUGCGAGUCACUGGAAGACUUUGACGUAUAUUCGGUAUAUUUAAGCCACAUGUUAGAGACUGGCUCCGGAGAAGCCACGGAGAUCCUUGAUGUUAUUGAAGCAAGCAGCAAUUGCCUGAAUUUAAAGUUUCCGCGUACUUACGGCAAUGCUCUCUGUGAAUAUUCGGUUACAGUACUAAAGGCGUUCAACGACACAUUCGAUUCGAAUCGCGCCGCCGUGAGGAACCUUGCCGCUCGUUUUUUCCUUCAAUCACAGGCAAUCAACUAUCAAAACCCAUGUUUUUUCAAAAACUACACCAUGUUUAACGCAGUUGAUCUGAGCACACUAGAUGUGUUGAUCAUGUUCCUAACCAACAACUAAUGUAGUACCACUAUUGGGAAAAAAUAAUU